ACUUGUUUGAGACGAGUCGUGUUUCUCGGCGGUGCCGCAAUGCUAUGUAGAGGGGACCUAAAGUGUUGGUGUUUCAGCGGGUGGUUCGGAUAGGAUGUGUUUGUUGCAGAGAAUACGAAGUGUUUCUCGCUAAAAUGUAAAUAAUCGUGAAUGAUUAGUGCUGUAAUCACCAAAAAUUGCCCUCAUUUAAGAGGGAAGUGAGCGGUACGCCGUCGAUUACUAAGGCCUUAUGUUUCAUUUUAUUUGGCCUCAACCCGUUUGUCUUUUAGAUCCACUGUUUGUUUAGUUAUGAAGCAAAUAGUUAUAUUAUUAGUAUACUCUAAAUUAUUUAGUAAACGUGAGUGUGCUGUCGGUGAUAAAGUGUUAGCUUUCACCUAAUGUUUUUAUUGCUGAGAGACCUAAAGCCAUAGAAAAAGUGAAAUUUUCUACCACUGGGUGUACCAUAACUGAACAUAAUGGAGAAAAUCUGUCGGCUGUGCAUGAGCAGAGCAGAAGAUUUGAUUUCCAUCUUCGAAACCACUGACGAAUUUGACCGUACCGUUGCAAAUAAAAUAUCAGCAUGUGUUGCCAUAGAGGCUGUGGAAGGUGAUGGAUUGCCAUCUGAAAUUUGUAAGGAAUGUGCCUCGCUCUUGGAUGUUAUGUAUAACUUCAAGGAAAAAUGUCGGGCAUCAGACUGGACACUUCGAAAGCUGAAAGCUAGAGCGACACAUCAUCGUCAAUUUGUGGGCCCUGUAUACAAGUUGAUGAAUGAAACAAAUCCUGAUGUAAAUCUUGAUGCAAGGCUGGCCAAGAAUCUGAUUGGAUAUCACAAUGCUGCUCCUGCUGAGGGGCCUGAAACUUUCUUGGUGCAAAAGGGGCCUGAGGUGAUAGCUAUCACAGUCAUUGAUCCCAAUGCACCUGGGGAUUGUACAAAAUCGAAUACAUCUGGUGGUUGGACUGACCCAAUGAAACCGCAUGAUAUGCAGUCUUCAGUGGAUGGUAGAUCUCUUUAUGGGGGAACUCCUGGCAGUUCUUCGCCAGAUCUCGCCGAGGGAGCUCCAAUAUUAUUUGUCAAUGAAGGUAUCGACUCCGAUGGGCAGUUGGUAACAGAAUUUGAACCAGUAAGUGCAUUCCACCCUGAAGCUCUUCGGCGCAGACUCGAAAGAGAUCUUCCGAAAAGUGAAAAUGAUAUGCAACAGGCCUCAAAAAGUGAAACUGAUACGCAACCAGCUUCAGAAAGUGAAACUGAUAUGCAGUCGGCUGCAGAGCAAAGAUCAGAGCAAAGCAAUUCUGCAGUUCACGUGUGCCGAGAAUGUAAGGAACCAUUUGGAACUGAAGAAGAAAUGAUUAAUCAUCUAAAGACUCAUUAUAGUUGUAUAGAUUGUGGUCAGACUUUCACGGAGGUUGACGAGUUGACCGAACAUUGCAAAAUGUUAUGUGCAGCAGAACCUUGGAGUUGCAAAACAUGUGGAAUGACCUUUAGCAGUAAAGACAAACUUCAUAAUCAUUUACAAGUCCACACAGAGAAACCAUAUAUCUGUGAUGAGUGUCCAUCAUCAUUUUCAAGAAAGGAUGUUCUUGCAAGACAUAAAGCUAUUCAUUCUGGGCGCCAGUUUAUUCAUGUUUGUGAUGAGUGUUCUAGAGUAUUUACGCGUGAAGAGGACAUAAAUUUGCACAAGUUGACCCAUUCAUUUUGUAAAGAUUGUGGCGUUCAGUUUGCAUCGAGUCAGGAAUUGUCAGCGCACAAAUUGUCGUGCCCGAAUGUUAAACCUUGGCCUUGUGACUUAUGUGAUAAAUCGUUUGUUUCAAAAGACAGACUUAAUCGACACUUAAAAAUACAUUCUUCUGAUAAACCGUAUGUAUGCGAAAUUUGUUCAGCUGCAUUUAAUAGGAGAGAUAAACUGACAAGACAUAAAACAACACACAGUGGUGACAGACCUUAUCAGUGUGAAUAUUGUGAUCUUAGCUUCACCCGAAGAGACAAACUUGGAAGACAUAUGACCACUCACUUUAAAUCUCAAGUUAAUAAUGAGGAAAACUUCAGUUAGGGGGAAGAAAUUUAUUUUCAUGAGUUUUUUUCAGCUAAAUAAUUUCAAAACUUUGUGACAGCUGCAAUUUUCAAACAUGUUUCAUCAUUAUCUCACAUUUAAAUUAUAUUCUGAUUUUUUUUCAUUAAUUUGUUAAUUUCAUCCUCCUUUGGUGUUAUACAUGAGCAUCAUUUAGAAAUGCCCUUGACAUAAGAUAUGUAUUUAUAAUUUGUCAUUAAUCAUACAGGCAAUUUUACCUUAGAAACUGAAUUAUUGGGCAUAUAAUGCUGUAUGCUUUUCUGCAGUUUUCCCUCCUGAACGUAUGCCGCCUCCAAUUUUUGGCUUGAAUUGAUCAUGUAUGGAACAUACAAGUUCGUGAAUUAAUAUUUAAAAAAGUGUUUGUUAGCCCUUACUUUAGGAGGGUAAAAACUUUCAAGCCUUUACAUGGAAGGUACGACGACUCCCUUGUUGAACUGUCUGUAAUAACAUUAACGCCUAAACUUCCUUUCUACUGUAGCUGAACAAACAAUGCACUGUUGUGAUCAUGACAAAUAAGUUAGAGUAGUCAACAUUUUCGGUAGCAGUGAGUCCAGUGGCUUUGUGUGUCUGCUGUCUGACAGUAGACCAAAAAUUAUUCAUAUUUGAGUGAAAGCAUUCUAGAAGCACUGAGACGGCUACCAACAAGGCACUUGACAUUUCAUGGAGAACGGGGCACACAUGCUGCAUUUAAUAAAGAAGUUUUCUAGAAUUAAUUGAUUUUCUAAUGAGUAUUAUCUUGUUUAUUUAGAUGGCAUUCGUAUUUUGAGUCCAGGUGUUUAUACAGAGAUAGUGACUAAGAAAUGAACCCCCAGAUUAUUUCAGGAAAUGCAUUAUUAUUUUAGUUGUCAGUUCCUAAAAACUAGUGAUUCUGUCUUUCUUACAGUGAAAAUAACUUUUCAGUUGUGUUAGUGUGUAGUUAUGACAGAAGAAAUGACUCCAAAACUAAUACACAUAGGAAGAAAGCAAAGCAAAGUAAAGUCAAGUCAUAGAACAUGAAUGACUGGGAGACCCUGAAGGAAAGGUGCAGGCACCUUUCUUAUAUGAAGUAUAAGAGCUGUCUGUGUAAGUGUAGAUGUUUAGUGUAGGUGACUGGAGUGAGUGAAGUGUGUGUGUGUGUGUGUGUGUGUGUGUGUGUGUGUGUGUGUGUGAGAGAGAGAGAGAGAGAGAAACCCGGAGCUGGCACAUAGCCUACUCCUCUCGAAGAGCAGCAAGAGGGCCACCGAGCUUAACGACCCCAUCCGAUGGACAGAUCACCACAACAGUGUUGCAUGCUCUCACUUCAUGAGACAUUGAGGAGAGGUUUCUAAUUCAAUCCAGACCAUUAGCACGAAGAUUAUUGACCAGGGACCUUACACCUCUACCCCUCCUAUUGCCUCUGCUGCAAAGGCUGGUCAUCCAUCUAAGUACUGGCCAUGCCUGAUGGUGCUUAACUUCAGUGAUCUGAUGGGAAGAAUGUGUAUUAUAGCAGUUUUACAGACAAGUGUCAACAUACAAUGUAAUUACUGGAUAUCUUGACAAGAGUCAGUAUAAAUGAGGAAUGGUAAUGCUUUGAAGAAUCUUCAUUUUAAAAAAUGAAUGUAAGUACUUUCCUUUCCUGUAUUUUGAAGUUACUAUGUUCAUAUUGAAUUGGACUGAGUAUAGUGUCACCUUAAUUUUCACAUGGUGUGGCAUGUGAAUCAUUUCUGCUUCAUUAUAACAAAGAAAAAUUGCUACUUCUGGAAAGCAUGUCAUUUAUUUAUUCAUCCAGGGAUCAUCUUGAAAUGAUAGAGGAUUUGUCAAAAUACAAUGAUAAUAGGAACCUCAAAAAAUACAGAUACACACAGAAUAUAUAAGUACGCUUUGAGGAUAGGACAUAUGGUUGGCCAUGGCCUUGAUGAAUGAACCAUCCCAGCAUUUGCCUGAAAUGGUUUAGGAAAACCUAAAUCAGAAUGGCUGGAAAAAAGGAAAAAAUUCCCAAACCUUCUGAAUAUGAUGUUAGCACUUCAACAACUGCACUGCCUCUUUCGGUUGGUCCCUAUUGUGCAAUGUUUUCUUCAUACAUAAUUUGCACAAGAUAAAUAGCGAUACAAAAGUAGUUCCCUACUUCCCCCCCUACACUGUCACUGCCUACUCUAAGGAAACCCACUGAUGACUUCGGGACCAUGAACAUCCUGCUACGCCCCUUGCACUUCGUUCAAUCCAUCCGGAAAACUGAUUCCAGGACCACAGACAUGCUACCAUAUGUGAUGCACAUCUAGAUGUCAUCCCUUCAGUUUGCAUAGAAAAGUGAGCCAGUAUACCAUUUUAAGCAAUUCCUCAUAAUUGAGUCAGCAAGUAACAUUUAAAGUUAUGUUGGUUGCUUCUUUGUAUGGUAUUUUGUUUCUUUGAAGCUGUAGCCAAGAGGAAAGUCAUACAGUUGAUCUAAGAUGAAUUUUCCUACAUGCUUGCCUACAGUGAAAAACAGACAAGCUGUUAAGACAUGUUUAUUCUAGAGUUGCUGUCUUUUCAGCAAAAUCCCAGUGAUCUGAUGAAGGGGUAUUCCCAAAUGGGAAUAUUUUAGGGAUUACCAAUUGUUAUAUUUUCCUUACUAACAAUGGAAAUAUCUCAAAACCAUUAGUUGGAACUUGGGAAUUGGAACCAUUUGUAUUUUAUUUCUGGGACCCUAUAGCCCAACCAAAAAUAGGCCUUGUGUGUGUGUGUGUGUGUGUGUGUGUGUGUGUGUGUGUGUGUAACAGAGUAAAGUUGACGACUUGUUCUACAACUGUGACAGGAUACCCAGCCAUUGACUAAUAACUGGUGGAUCCAAGAGAUAUCUGUGUUAGUUUUGUUUCUUAUUUAUUAAUAAAUCUAUUAGUCACCAUCCUCUUUCCUAUUUCUGAUCACAUUUUCUGUCUGGUGCAAGCAUAUUCAAAAUGGUACAGCAUAAGAAAAUGUUUGGAAGUGAUUGAAUUGGAUUUGUAGUAAACCAUGUGCCUUGUUCAGUACAUGAUAAAUAAGUCUUGAGGUCUUGCUAAUCCAUGUGAGGUACCCCACCUCAAAAUUAACAGAAACCAUAAAAAUUAAUUAACCCCUUGCUAGAAUAAUUAACACAUCUGAUGCUAGAGACAGUGAAAAUAUAAAUGUGAGAUAAGUGUUGUAUAGUAGAAAUCAAGUUAAGAGGAAUGAAUUGGGGGCUACCCAUCUAAGAUUAAAAAUUAAAUGUAUAUUUAUGUACAAUGUAUGUAUCAUGUAAAUAGUACCUGUAUAAACCCUUUGUUAUUCUGAGAACUGUGUGCUAUGUGGGGCUGUAUUGUGUUAGUAAGCAAAACUGAAUGUAUUAAUUGUGAUCAAUGUGUACUAGAUGUAUUAAUUUUGAUUUUAAUUGUCUGCAGUUAUUAUUUAGAUUCUAAGUUUUUGUGUUGCAGUAGCUACAUUUUAAAAAGGCAGCUGACUGAUUUUUUUGUGAUGUUGAAAUAUUUUCUGUUUGUUGGUGUACUUAUAUGUAUUAGUUAGAUCGUGAUAAAGAUUAUGUACAUUUUCA